UGGUACAGGUAAUGCAAAUUCUCCGAACUUUAUCAGUGCGAUGGUAUUGUUGUCACAUGACAAGCCAGGAGAGAGUGCACUGAUGAUGAUUCACGACAGUGACUAAUAGAUACAGUAUAUUUUACCUGCAUUCAUGCUUGAGAAGCAAGGAAAAUUCGUUUGAGAAUUCGCUUGAUUAUGAACUUGUUUUUGGGGACGAGACUCAUGACAAAACAACAUUUUUAUUUUUUUAUGGGAUCUACAAAAUUUCUAAUAACUGAGUUACUUUUAUUUAGUAAGUAUAUUAAAAGUACCUGAUGACUCCGUACGAACUCUGUGAUAUUAUAAUAACUAAAGCAAAUAUAAGACAUGUUUCUUGGACUUUUAUGGGUCAUAAAAACCCUUCUUUAAUGAGCCUCUUUAAUGAAGUUGGCUCUAUUUUUCAAAUAUUGGUAUGGUGUUUAUAGGUAUUCUGUUUAUGUUUACCUAUUUGCUGCCAAAACGCCGACCAUGGGGCGUUAAUGACGCUAUUGGUUGUACAAUAUCAACAUUUUAUGAAACCACCAUAAUUAUCCUUACACACGACAUGAUACAUAUGGUUACAUCAUAAAUGAAGGUAAGAAUCGAUACACGGAAACGAGGUCACUAACGAUGUCAAAUUGCCUUUAAGCAGGCCUUUGAAAGGAAAAAAGAAACUGUUUGCUGGACGGACGGUCAGUCGCAUUACUUAUUCAUGUCCUAGGCAGCUGGCUUUAUUUCUUUUAUGGGGGUUUUUCCGAUAGCGUCAAUUUUGAACAAUUUACUUGGAAACAAUGCUGUUCCUAUAAGGUUUCCUAUAAACUAUACUUCUAUGAGGGCCAUAAAAUUCCUUGUUGAUUUUAAUGUGGGAUGUUAUUGACGGAAGAGCGUAGUUGAAACUCUUAUUACUCUUAGGGCAGAUACCUGAUAUACGGAAAGUCUGUUAGAUGCAGCAUGAGUAGGAUGUCCCAGCAUAGGUGAUGCUCUGGUUUUACAUGGUGAGGUAAUCUUUGCGGAUGUGGUAGACCCAUGAUUGGUUUAACGUGGCUUUAAAGUUAAUUGUGCUAUGCUAUGAAAUGUCUCUGUAUUGUUCCUUAAUUUACAAAUCCCAGUUAUACAAUCUGUAAUAUUGCUAUUAAGUCAUUAACUACAGUAUCUCAUGGUGCCAUCGACGUUAUAAAAGGUUUUGAUAAGAAACAAUGCCAAAUAUUUGAAACUAUUUGCAAUUUUGGGGGGAAUUUACGGGCAAAGAUUCCAAUGCUUUGACAAAUCCUUAUCUUUUGGUUCACCCUCUGCCAUUAUUGCAAGACAAUAUGGAGAUAACAGUAAUUUUUCUAUGGAGUGACUGGUCGAGGAUAUACUAUAAAAAGACAAACCAGGGAUAAGUGGGCAUCAGUUCCUUCAAGGACUUCACUGGGAUAAGAUCAAAUAGCCACAUAGAGAAAAAAUGUAUCGAUCACUACCACUGCUUCUGGCUUUGGCCGUAAUGGCGUUUUCAGCAGAAAUAUCUUCAUCUUAUGCCUUGUUAGAAAAACAAGCUGCAUUCCAACCUGAACUAAAAACUGAACAUAGAGACCAUCCCGUACAUGAUGAUAAUGCUGAACAUCCAGUGUAUAGACCAGAAGACGGGAACAGAGGCAGAGCAAGGAUUGAACCAGUGAAGCCGUUUGGACCCGUCAUCAAACAUGAUGCUAUGUUAUCUGAUCAACCUUCUGCUUCUACGGAAGUAAACAGACUUGGUUCAGAUGUUGGUAUUCUCGACAAUGGAUACGUCCCUGGUACUGCUGAUGUAGCCUAUCCUGAUAUUCCAUACGCUCCUGGCUACCCUUAUGCAAUUGGCUACCCUGAAUCUAACAAUUACGAUUACCUAAUGGAGCCUGAUACUUCUACCUUCGGUCUUCUGUGGAGUCAAAUGCCUUACGCUAGAACUAUGGUCAGUGCUGUCGGUCACACGAUCACCUGGAUUUUCAACAGCAUCUUCAUUCUUAUCAUCGGUUCUCUCCUGACAGUCGGUGUUUGCACUUAUACGAACUUAUGUUCUAUCGCCUUCCACGGCGUUGGGCCUAUCCAUGAAGAAAUGAGAUCUCUUAUGAACCCAGAAAAGUUGGAAAAGAUUAUUCACGCAGCAGACUUCGUGAAGUCGGCUAUAGACAAAUAUCAGAAGAUACAGAAAGUUAACGACGCUGCUGGUAUGAGAAAACGUCGGGCCAUAUUUAAUUACUAAAAAUGAUUUAUUUCCAAAUUAAUUAUUUUGAAUUCAGAUUUUAUAUAUUUUUUAUUAAAAUGCUUAAAAUUA